AUGAUUCACUUGUUUGAUGCAUAUGCCAAGUUGUCCAGUUGGAAAUUCAAAGGCGACGGUCAAGCCACCUUUUCCACAAAAUUUGUUGACAGUAGUUUUUACAAGAAGUCGAUGGCCUCCGGUGAUAUCGCACCAUUUAUUACGUUCAUGGGAGUCGAACCUCCAUUUGGGAUUCUAGAAAGCAUGAAUGUGUUAAUAAACGGGCUCGAUAAUAUGAACGUGAAUGUCUAUCCAUAUUCCAAAGUUGCCGGAAGCAGUGAAAUAAAAGACAGAGGAUAUUAUGCAUUGACAGACUUUUGGAAAAUCUAUGAGUUUAAUGCCACUAAUUUGAAUACAAUAGGUCCUGUUCAGGCUAAAAUUCCUGGAAAGCCUGGUAAAACAGCACUUGGUUUUCUCUCUUUCAUUUCUACGGCUCACCCUCUACCUGAGAUUGGUAAGACAUCUUCUCUUGUUUUUCUUACGAAAUUGAGCCUCUUUCCGUGGGAAAAACAUUCAGUGAAUCUUGUCCGUAUCAAAGCAACUGACGAGCGUGAAAUUGUUGCUUCUAUUCCGGUUGAUCAGCUGCCAUACAUGCAUUCGUUUUCGGUGACUAAAAACUACGCCAUCCUCUUUUUUAGUCCCAUUUAUAUCAACAUAGUCAAAAUUGCGAAAACAGUUCAUCCAUUCGAAGGCUUGGAUUGGUACGGAGAUCGCCAGACAGACGUUCAUGUCAUUAACUUGAAAACGGGGGCAGUGACUAGCAUGAAGACAGAAAAUACAUUCACCAUGCACCACGCCAAUGCCUACGAAAACGAAAAUGGCAACAUUGUUCUUGACUUGGUGACUUACGACGACCCGAAUUUUAUAACUUCCAUGACUUUGGACAACUUCCGAGAUCCGAAAAAGAGGAAUGAUAUAUCCUUCACUGCCAAAUUUAAACGAUACUAUAUCGACAUGAAAGAAAGAAAUGUCACUCCUUAUUCUUUUCCGAACGCGAAGGGUCAAGAAUUUAUGACACGCUUUGAUUUUCCGAAGAUUAACGAAAAAUACCGAGCCAAGAAAUAUUGUUACAUGUACGGGAUUGCGGUGAAAACUGACGGUAAAUCCCUGACUAAAGGCGCUGUAGUGAAGAAGGACGUGUGCGAAAAAGGGCGAGAUCUAGCUUACGAUCUUGACAAUGUAUAUUUCAGCGAAACUGUAUUUGUUCCCACGCCUAACAGUAAAGACGAAGACGAUGGUAUUCUCCUUAGUUCUGUCCUUGAUGCCAAUGAAAAGAAGAGUUACUUGUAUAUCAUGGAUCCUAAGACGAUGAAUGUCACAAACAGGGCCGAACUACCCACCAUCGUUCCUUACACACUUCAUGGUGGUUUCUUUCCUGAAAUACAUUAG